GGUUUGUGGUGGGCCAUGCUGGGUUGUACCAAGCCCUGGCCAUGUUUGCGGUGGCGUACUUCAUCAUCGGCAUGACGGUGCUGUCUGUGUGUGCCAUCGCCACCAACGGGGCACUGGAUGCUGGAGGAGCCUAUUAUAUGAUCAGCCGUGCCCUGGGCCCGGAGUUCGGGGGCAGCAUUGGGAUCAUGUUUUUCCUGGCCAACGUGUGUGGCAGUGCCCUCUAUGUGCUGGGGCUGGUGGAGGCAGUGGUGGACAGCUUUGGGAUCCCACCUGGGCAAAAAGCAGGCACAGGUGUCCACGUCCUGCCCCAGAGCUACUGGUAUGAGCUGCUCUACGGCACGGUGCUGCUGGCCCUCUGCCUCCUCGUAUGCCUCGUGGGUGCCUCCAUCUAUGCCAAAGCCACCUUCCUCAUCUUUCUCAUCGUCGCUGGUGUGCUGGGCACCAUCCUCGUCAGCUUCUUUGCCACACGGCCCAUUGGGGUGCCCAUCCACCUGUCCCAGCUCAACGGCUCCGAGACUGAGAAUGGCUCCUUCACCGGCUUCUCACUCACCACCCUGCGAGACAACCUGGGCGGUGGCUACGGGGUGGACUACACCACCGGGCAGAUGAUGAGUUUCAGCUCUGUCUUCGCAGUGAUGUUCAAUGGCUGCACCGGCAUCAUGGCAGGCUCCAACAUGUCAGGGGACCUGAAGCGCCCGAGCUACUCCAUCCCGCGGGGCACCAUCUCUGCUGUGCUCUUCACCUACCUCGUCUACAAUCUGCUGGCUUUCCUCAUGUGUGCCACUUGCAACAGGACCCUCCUGCAGAAAGACUACGGCUUCUUGCGUGACAUCAGUAUCUUCCCACCCUUGGUCACGGUAGGGAUCUAUGCUGCCACCCUGUCUGCGGCCAUGAGCAAUCUCAUCGGGGCGUCCCGCAUCCUCUAUGCCCUGGCCCGGGAUGAUCUCUUUGGCCGGGCGCUGGCGCUGGCCAAGAAGACAUCUGCCAGUGGGAACCCCGUGAUGGCGGGGAUCCUCUCCUGGAACUCUCUGCAGCUGGUGCUCUUCUCCGGGAAGCUCAACACCAUUGCGGGGAUCGUGACCACCUUCUUCCUUCUGGUUUAUGCCACCGUCAACCUGGCCUGCCUGGCGCUGGAGUGGGCAUCGGCCCCCAACUUCAG